GAGCACUGUAGUAAGAAGGGUGAGAAUUAUUACCAAUGGCAACUUCUUUAUUAAAAUUGUCACAACGUUCACAACACAACUAUAUCAAAGUCAGUGCCUAGUUGUCUUGUGACGGUUUUAAUAAAGAAGUUGUAUGUUAUAACACAACAGGAUGCAUGAAAUGAAAAUUAUGACCACUGAGUUGGAGAAAUUUGAGACCUGCGUAAUCGGCUACUGCGCAUACCACUCCCACAAAAGAAGAGGCAGGAAGUAAUUGCGGCAAUUGCCGACGUUGCCGACGGUGCGAAGGAGGGUUGCUACCGUUACUGGUGUAAGUCGGCUGGUAGAGUGUUUGUUGGAGGAAGUUAUAUGUAUUGUUUAAACUCCACUACUUUCAAUAAUCGCAGAUUUUGAAGACUUUUUAUUCUUCAAUCGAAGUGCAUGAUUACACUACAGAACAGAUAGAUAAUAAUGCUUGCAGCAGAUGAAGUGAAAUCAAGUUGGGCAGAUGAAGUUGAAGAAGAAGGAACAGCAGGUGCUUUACCACCACCAACAGAAGAAAUUCAAAAUGGCAUGAAGAUCAUUACAGAAUAUAAAUAUAAUGAUGAUAAAAAGAUCAAAGUUGUCAGGACAUUUAAGAUAGAGCGCAUGAUUGUAUCAAAGACUGUUGCCUUACGGAAGACUUGGAAUAAAUUUGGGCAGUCAAAGAAUGACAAACCUGGCCCAAAUCCAGCUACUACAAUUGUUGCUGAAGAUGUUUACAUGCAGUUCAUAUCAAAUAAGGAGGAAGAUAAUAAACCUGAAGAAGAUGUUUUAGAUAAACUCAAGGCCAUGGGUGAAAGGGGAGCUGUGAGAUGCCGCAAGUGCUUUGGAGAUCACUGGACAACAAAAUGUCCCUACAAGGAUACGGUUUUGGCAGGUGGAAAAAUAACAGAUGAAAAGAAACCUGAGUCUGCAGUGGGACCAGGAGGUGUUGGACCUGGAAUGGCACCUGGAGAUGAUAAAAACAAAUCACAGAACAGUAAAUAUGUCCCUCCAAAUCUUCGUGAUGGUAGCAAUAAAAGGGGUGACAGCAUGUCAAAUACAAGAAGUAGAGAUGAUACCAUAGCAAUACGCGUCUCCAAUCUUUCAGAAAGCACUACAGAGGCUGAUCUGGAAGAUUUGGUAAAACCUUUUGGCCCAAUCCACAAGCUGUUUCUAGCUAAGGAUAAACUUACAGGUCACUGCAAGGGAUUUGCUUAUGUUCACUUUAAGUUCAAAUCAGAUGCAGCUAAAGCCGUUUCAUCUCUUAAUGGUCAUGGGUAUGAUCAUUUGAUUUUGAGUGUGGAUUGGUCAAAACCUCUAGGACAAAAUAACUAGGUUCAUGUAUCUUAGUCCAGUAACAGUUGUAACUGUGAUGUGUUAAAAAUGUGUCCUGUACUCUGUUCAUUGACUAGACUACAGACAUUAUAAAAUUUCUUUGGAAUUUAGAUUUGUGUUAAUCCAGUCACUAACUUUGAUAUUGUCUUCUGAUGUGAGAAAAUGAAAGAUAUUUCUGUGAGUGACAUUCCAUUGCGAAGGAAAAAAGAGGUUUAAUUAUUACAAUAGUGGGUGGCUUUUAUUUAUGGUUCUGUAGAAGAAAAGUAAAAAUUGGUACCAAAAAGAAAGUCAUUGGCCAGUGAGUAAACCACAGGAACAUAUAACCAUCUUUUAAGGGGAGGUGGUAAGCACUAUUUCCACAUUGUUAAUUUUGUUGUACUGAGGAUACAUUUUUAUAAAAUUUAUAAACUUCAAAUUUUGUACACAAACUGUUUAUGGGUUUUCUGUAUCUGAUGACUUUUUCUCAUAGCAAUAUAUUUGUAAACAUAUUGUCACAUGACAAAUACCUUUAUGCCAUCUUGGAUCUAGCGAAUUUAUUGAACACUCGCUCUCAAAAU